GAAGAUCAGCACCCCCAUAUUCAUCCCCCCCAGCAGCCCCCAAGGAUCUCACUGAGCCGCCCUUUAGCAGCAACCCGAUCAUCCCAUGCCCCACAUUGUCCCCCCAAGAACCAGCACCCCAUCAUCAGCCCCCCAAGAAGCAGCACCCCUCCUUUGAGCCCCUCCAGCACCCCCUGGGUGACUCCCACCCUGGCAAUGCCAGCCGUGAGUCACGGCAGGAGACAGCUGGCCAGCACCCCGAAUUCCGCAGCCCCCCAAACCCCCGCUAUGCCUCACCAGGGCAGGGAUGUCCCCCCUCGCCCCCCCAGUGCCCCCCAUCCUCUCUGGCUCUGGUACAGCGAGGCCGGGGUGCAGGGAGCGGUGGGAUUGGGGUGCUGCACCCACAGACACCCCAAGACCCGCUGGAGUCCCCCCGGUUGGGCUCAGCGUGUCCCUCUGAGGGCUGGGGUCACCCGGAGGCCCCUUGGGGGGUCCCAUGCACCUCCUUCCUCCCCUCAUCCCCAAGUCCAGUGUUCACCCAUUCCCCCCUACUUUGGCACUUUGGGGUCCAGACCGAGCCCCCCACCCUGGGGGCUACGCACCCCUUGUGCCCUUCAGCUGUGACAUGACAGAAGCCCCUCACCACAGAUGCCACCGCUCGGCCAUGCCCCCGUGCCUCAGUUUCCCUGCCUCUAGGACGGAGGGUGGCUUUGCUCUCUGGUCGCCGGCCCGCGAUGGGACCUCCACGGUGAGCACGGUGCCACCUCAGCCGCGCUCCCCCUCCGCCCUGUGCCCGCCUGGCGCAGGUGGGAGCGAAGCGGCAACAAAAACAACCGAGAAGAGGAAAGAGGAAGAAGCGCCGGUGAGAAGCGGCGGCGGCGGCGGCGGAGGAGGAGGAGGAGGAGGCCGGUGCUGGCAGCCCCGCCGGCGCUUUGCGGGGGCUCAGGGCACCCCCGGGCGCCCACCGCAGCCCCCCAUCCCACCCCGAAGUUUGAAGUUCGCCGGCAUGGCCAAAACUACCUCGCUGCGCUGCCGGGUGCUGGAGGGGAAGGACCUGCCCACCAAGGACGUGUCCGGCUCCAGCGAUCCCUACUGCGUGGUCAAGGUGGACAACGAGGUGGUGGCCAGGACAGCCACGGUGUGGAAGAGCCUGAACCCUUUUUGGGGUGAGGAAAUCACGCUGCUUCUGCCCCGUGGAUUCCACAGCCUCACCAUCUAUGUGCUGGAUGAAGACACCAUUGGGCAGGACGAUGUCAUUGGCAAGGUCUCGCUCAGCCACCAGCAGAUCUCGGCCGAGCCGCAGGGCAUUGACAGCUGGCUCAGCCUGGCACCCGUGAACCCCGACCAGGAGGUGCAGGGCGAGAUCCACCUGGAGCUGCGAGUCCCCGAGCGGGGCCACCCGCGGGUGCUGCGCUGCCACCUCAUCCAGGCCAGGGACCUGGCCCCCCGGGACCCCUCGGGCACCUCGGACCCCUUUGGCCGGGUGUCGUGCUGCGGGCACACGUUGGAGACAGCCGUGGUGAAGAAAACCCGGUUCCCGUGCUGGGAUGAGGUGCUGGAAUUUGAGCUACCGGAAGGGGAGCUGGGAGAGGCUGUGCUGAGUGUGGAGGUUUGGGACUGGGACAUCGUGGGCAAGAACGACUUCCUGGGGCGGGUCGAGUUCUUCUUGGACACCCUCUGCCCGGGCCCCACCAGGGGCUGGUUCCAGCUCCUGCCCUUCCCCAGCACCACCGAGGACCACGGGGGACAGCUGGGUGCCCUGAGGCUGACAGUGAGGCUGCUGGAGGACACAGUCCUGCCCCCCCACCACUACCAGCCCCUCAUCCAGCUCCUCACCGAGCCCAUCCUCUGCCCGGCCCAGUCCCCCGAGGGCACAGCCCUGGCUGUCCUGGAGGAGGUGACCUCAGGGGAGAGCCGGCAGGACGUGGCCACCAAGUUGGUGAAGAUCUUCCUGGGCCAAGGGCUGGCUGUGCCCCUCCUGGACUACCUCGCCACCCGUGAGCUGGCCAGGACCACUGAUCCCAACACCCUCUUCCGCUCCAACUCGCUGGCCUCCAAAUCCAUGGAGCAGUUCAUGAAGGUGGUGGGGCUGCCCUACCUGCACGAGGUCCUGAAGCCGGUGGUGAACCGCAUCUUUGAGGAGAAGAAAUAUGUGGAGCUGGACCCCAGCAAGAUGGAGCUGAGCCGGGGCAGGAGGAUCUCAUUCAAGGGGUCCCUGUCGGAGGCACAGGUGCGGGAGAGCAGCCUGGAGCUGCUGAAGGGCUACCUGGGGGACAUCGUCGAUGCCAUCGUGGGCUCGGUGGACAAGUGUCCCCUCCCCAUGAGGGUGGCCUUCAAGCAGCUCCGCAGGCGGGUGGAGGAGCGAUUCCCCUUGGCACAGCAUGAGGAGGUCCGGUACUUCUCCAUCAGUGGGUUCCUCUUCCUUCGCUUCUUCGCUCCCGCUGUCCUCACCCCGAAGCUCUUUGGGCUCCGGGAGCAGCACGCGGAGCCCUGCACCGGCCGCACGCUCCUGCUGCUCGCCAAGGCUCUGCAGGCCAUCGGGAACCUGGGGCUGCAGCUGGGGCAGGGCAAGGAGCCGUGGAUGGCCCCACUGAACAUCGUCCUCCUGCCCAGUGUCACCCGUGUCCGGGCCUUCCUGGAUGCCCUGGUCACCGUGGUGGACGAGGUGCCAGUGCCAUGGGGACAUUCCCAGCCCUCGGCCACCAUCAAGGAGGGUCCCCUGCACACCUGCCCAGAGCGGGGCGUGGCACUGCUGCCCCGCUUCACCUUCAAGAAGAGGCACUUCAGGCUCAGCACCCAGGCCCUGGCCUAUGCCAAGGUGCCCCAGGGGCAGGUGCUUGGCUCCAUCCCAGUGGAGCAGAUCCGGGCAGUGGAGCAGGUGGACAAGGGCACCUUCCAGCACCCCCACGUCCUGCAGGUGGUGGCACAGGAUGGCACCGGGCAGCUCCACACCACCUACCUCCAGUGCAAGAGCGCCCCGGAGCUGUGGCAGUGGCUGUGGGCGCUGCGCCAGGCCACCAGUGCCAACCACGACAUGCUGCCCACGUGCCACCCCGGCACCUUCCGCGCCGGCCGCUGGACCUGCUGCCUGCAGCCCUCCCGUGCCGUGCCCGGGUGCAGCCGUACCCACGGCGCGGUGGCGCUGGGGGAGUGGAGCGACCUUGGGGACCCCGCGGUGGCAGCACAGAGCCUCUACGGGCACCUGCGGGCAGCGCUGGCCGGGGGUCCCGUGGGCAGCGCGGUGGCCGGGCCCCCCUGCCCGGGCCAGGCAGGGGGACCCGCUGGGGACAGGCUGCAGGAGGUGCUGCGAGACCUGGACAUCGCCCACGACGCCUUCACCCACCGCGACGAGACCCCAGAGCCAGCCCCAAGUCCCCUCCCUGCCCCAAGACCUCCGGCACCUCCCAGCCUCCCCCCCUCAGCUCACCCCGGGAGGGGCAGGGACGCCAGCGGAGCCACAGAGGGGACGCGGGGCCAGCAGCCCGGCACGGGGUGUAUUCUGUAACACAGAGAUGUACAUGGCACCGGCUGUGCGCGGCUCCCUGGGGCAGCGGCGGGUGACACGGGUGACACGGGUGACACGGGUGGCAC